AGUGCAUUUUGUUUGCAAAGUAGUGAGAUUGUUCUAGAAGAUGGUUGGAGAGUGUGAGCAAGAAAAAUCACAGAUGAGAUACAUAUAUAGCCACCCUCAGAUAAACCAUAAAGAAUAACAGUUACAAAUUCAAAUACUCAAAACCAUGGGCCAAACAUGAUAAAUUGAUGAAGAAUACAACAGCAUAUAAUAGUGGUAAUAGAAUGGUGUUAGUGAUGGCGUUACUAAUUCCUUUUCCUUCUUCUCAACAAAUGGCUAAUCAAUUUCCUCCAACCUCCUUAAUUCACGUUUUUGUCUUUCUCUGCACCUAUUCCGCCUUCUUUUCUUCUUUUUUCCCAAAUUUCUUUUCAUACUCACUUACCCUCUUUUCUCUCUUUUUCUUCAUAUUAUGGCCAUCACUACUAGGAGAAAACAACAUGUUCCUCAACCUCAACAUCAUUCCAGUAAUUACAAACCACCUUUCAUUGUAUUAUUUUUGGUUCACAGGUAUUUGGCAGCCAACUGUGCCAAGAUGGGAGAAGAUGUUUUGCUCUUCGGUUGGCUCAGUUCCAUGGGAAAAGCUGGUAGAAACCAAGAAGUAUAUGUAUCUGUACGACAACGUCGUUAAUUGGAAUGAUUCGGCUAGUGAAGAAGCCUUCGACAAUGCAAAAAGUAGGUUUUGGUCCGAAAUCAAUGGGCUUCCUUGUGACAUACCGUUGCCUGAUCCUGACAUUUACAUUGACGAUAUCGAUUGGAGUUCAACUAUUGACCCUGAGCUUAUUCUAGACUUGGAAAGAGACGCAAUAGUCCCUAGUGACAAAGAAAAUGAUGCGGAGGUUGUGAUCAUCGGCGACGCUCUACUUGUGAAUCAGUCAUUUUUCUGCAUUGGAAUUGCAAUAAAAUACACUAAAAUUUAACUUUCAACUUCGAUUUUUUUUUUUCAUUUUUGUAAUCUAAUUAAUGACAUACGAAUAAUUAAUGUAUAUAAAUGAUUUUAUAUCA